AAGAAGAAGAAAUUACCACAAUAACCAAUGAAAUUUAAAAAAACAUGAAUAUUGGAAAACGUGUAAGUUUUUGUGUUAUUAACGUCUUAAAAUGUAACAGACAGUUUUCCCAAUUAAAUAAAUGGAAUUUGAAUUUAUUGGACAAGACAGUCCCUGUGUAUAUAGCUCACUCAAAGUAUAAUUUUAGUAGUACAGCUAGCCUAUGUGCUUCACCAAAAACUUUGAAUAUUCACGAUACAGUUUCUUCUAUUCAAGUUAAAAAGAGGCUUGUGAGAAAGAAAAAGACUUUGGAAGAGGAAGAAAAAAAACCAGGGAUAUACAAUGUGAUAGCAUUUGCAACUGCUGAAGAAUACAAUUUGGAAAACCUUUUCGAUGGAUUACAGAAACAAAAUCUGUAUGAUGUUAAAAGAAUUGACAAUAAUUCAGAUGUCCUACAUGCUACAGCAAAAUAUAAAGUCGAUAAAGAACAGAGAGAAAUAUUUUUCUUUAGGGAUGGUAGUGUUGUAUUUUGGAAUAUAACAGAUUUGGAAAGCAGCAAUGUUUUGAAAUUUUUAAGGCAGUUUCAAGAAGAUAGCUACUCUGAGAGACUGGUACAAUCAGAGUCUGAAGUUAUGAAUUAUAAAUAUUUUGAUCCAAAAAGCCAACCUAGUCAAUUAAGCUGUGUGGACAAAGAUGGAGAUUUUGUAUUGCCGUUAACAGAAACCAAUCUUAUACUUCAGAAGUUUACAUUUUCAAAUGCCAUGAUGCUUAGUGUCAAGUUAGGUAUAUGGGAGUCAUCAUUGGAAAAAUUUAUUGAUGAAAUCGAGUUUGUCACAAAUGAUUUAAAAAAUGGCAAAACUAUUAAAUUAAGUCGGCAAGAUGUACUUAAAAAACAUGGAGAAUUAUUUGUACUCCGUCACUAUCUCAACUUAAGUUCAGACGUUUUAGAUACUCCGGAUUUUUAUUGGGAUAAUGAACAGUUGGAAAAUAUGUACAACCAAGUUUGUUCAUAUUUUUGUAUCAACAAAAGAACGAAGGUGAUGAACGAGAAAAUAAACCACUGUGUAGCUUUAAUAGAAUUGCUAUCAUCUCAUUUGGGUGACAAACAUCACAUAAGAUUAGAAUGGAUGAUAAUAGCACUAAUCACAGUUGAAGUUGUGUUUGAGACUAUACAUUAUAUUGAUAGAUAUAUGAAUUAAAAAGUAACUUUAAGCCCAUCGGAUAUCAGUUGUGGACUUUUGGCCAAGUGUGGAUCAUGGAUUAACAGAAAUCUCACAAGAUACAUAUUUGUUAUUUUAUUUAUAUUAAGCAAUGAGAAGUGUAAUUUUUUAUUCAUUGUUUUUACCUUUUUUUAUAAUAAACGGAAUAUACUUGGUUAA